UACUUUUAUUGAUGUUUUUCAGGCAUAUGUUGGAAGCAACAAAGUGAGCGACUAUUUUAAAAGCGACACACAAUUUGAAUCACUUCCUAUUGAGUCAUUUCACAUCCAUCCAGGAUAUAAAAGCCCAGAUUACAAUAAUGAUAUUGCGUUAAUUAAGCUGGCAUCAUCCCUUACCUUUAAUGCAGGUGUAAUGCCAGUUUGUCUUCCUGCACAGGACUCUGAGCUUGAGAAAUCUGGAUGGGUCUCUGGAUUUGGAAUGACUGAGACAUACCACACUGCUAAUCAUCUCAGGUACAUCGCUCUUCCCAUUGUGGAGCAAGAAGUGUGUCACUUGUCUUUUGAGGAGGUGAAAAAGACAGUAAGUGAUGUGUCCACUCUGACGGAGAACAUGUUCUGUGCUGGACUUCCUGAAGGAGGGAAGGACACCUGUCAAGGAGACAGUGGCUCUGGUUUUGUCAUGAAAAAGAAUGAUGUGUUUUACGCAGCAGGAAUCGUUAGCUGGGGAGUCGACUGUGGAAGAGCAGGAAGAUACGGCGUAUACACACGUGUAGCUCGAUAUGCAAAAUGGAUCCAGAAAAUCAUGGAAGAAAACUAGAAGAAAAUAGCACAAACUACUUAUGUUUGGGCUGAUUUAAAAAAUAUAUGGUUGCGCUGCUAAGUGGAAAAAUAAAGAUAAAUAUUUUACCAUCA